GGCAUUUUUGAGGGGGAAGCCUUGAGGAUGCUUGCGGGGUGAAGGGAAAGAAUGACACAGGAAGAGGGAUUUGGAGAUAGGAGAGGAGAUGGUGGAGGGAGCUGAUCCCUGCGGAGACCAGAUUGGGGCAGAGGAGGAGCAGCUAAGUACAGGAGGAUGGUCCCCUCUGCCCUGAAGGAGGAAGGCAGGAGGUGAAAAGGAUGAGUAUAGACCCAGAAAGCACUUGUGAGAGAGGGGAGGCCCCAGAAGAGGCAUCUGACUUACCCUGAUUGCUGGUCCCUCUCAAGGGUGAGUUGCUGGCCAGGGCGUAAGAGAAGGUGGGAGGAGGUGAAAGAACUCCUUUGGGUAACUUCUGGGAGGGGUAAUGGCUGAGGGAUGAAAGCCCUGCCAAGUGGCAGGAGGCCCCGCUGGGGCUGCCCCUUAAAGAGUGCAGUGGAGGAUGUGGAAUGAGAAGUGACUGCCCCUCUGGUUCCAUCUGUCGCAGAGCCCAGGGUGCUUCCUUCCUCCCCCACCUCCCUCAGAACACACCCAUUACAUGCUGGACAGCGGCCCCCUUCCUGGGCCUGGGGACAUCCGUGUCCCUCUGUGCACAGGCUUCACAUCCUCUGGGUGCAAGGUAAGAAUCCUUGGUAGGUGAGAAGCCAAGGUCCCAAAGGGGAGCAGCAGGGAAAGUUAACUCCCAUCUAUUCUUGCUCCAGGAGAAGGCCCUUGAUGUGGAAGCUGCCACAAGCAGCAAAUACAACUCCAGUCACAGGCAGCGGGAAGGAGAGCCACCUCUGCCACCGCUGUCCACAAACCAUGAGCUCCUACUCUGUGCUGUGAUGGUGGGCUCAGUGGGGAUAGCUCUGACCUUACCUCAUGGAGUCACUGCCAACUCCUUGGCUGCACAGUCUUUGUGCACUGGCUCUCUGGAGUGUGGUCUUUGCAAACAAAGUGGAAAGGGUACCAACUUUGGACUCCAGCACCUAGAUUCAGAGCAGGUCAUUUCACUCAGAAUCUGCUGUGCAGCUGCAAGGGAGAAUCAUAAAGGCUACUUUGUUUCUUCCCAGUAUUAACAACCCUUCCAGAAAGAGCAAGCCUCAUGUCAUGCCACAUGUACAAUCUGAGGCCAGGGGCUCUCUUUCCCCUUUUCAUCCUCCUGUCUGGUACACAAUAGGUGUUUACUGGAUGGCUGUCCAGUUGACUUCUUUAACAUAAUGUGUAAAAGGAAUCUUUGCAAAUUGAAUCUUCUGAAACACUGAGCUUGUGCCUGCCAUGGAAUUCUGAAUGUACCUAUAUGACGUCUUUGCAAACUUAAAACCUGAAUCUUUGCAAUAUAAAUCCCUUGAAAUGCAUGUAGGCUGGACAUCAAAAGCAAGCAGUAUCUUCAAGGAACAGCUAGUUGGUAAGGUCAGUGUGCAGGAUGCAUAAAGGGCAGAGGUCGGAGGGGAUCCAGGCUAAGUUUAGAAGGCUACCAGGCAGGUUAAGGCCAAUGGAAAGAAUUCAGUAGGGAGUGAGGAGCCCACAGUAGGAUUGAUUCAGAAGGCUUAUUGGUCCGCAGGCGACAAGAAGGACCCAGGAAACACUGAAAAGGUGGGCCCAGCAGAACUCCCACGCAGGGUGAGAGGCGGGAGAGAAGGUGCCUCCAGAGCGCCGGCCGCCUUCCACCCAGUUAGGAUUUGGGAAUUUUUUUCUUCCCUCUGCGCGUGAUCUGACGCUGUUUGGGGAGGGCGAGGCCGAAACCUGAUCCUCCAGUCCGGGGGUUCCGUUAAUGUUUAAUCAGAUAGGAUCGUCCGAUGGGGCUCUGGUGGCGUGAUCUCCGCGCCCCAGGCUUCAAGCACCCACACCCUAGGUUUCUGCAGUGGCGUCGAGGCGAGCAGGGAUGCAGGUGGGUGUAGCCGCUCAGUUCAGGGUCUGAGCCUGGAGGAGUGAGCCAGGCAGUGAGACUGUCUUGGGCCGGGACGCGUCGUUGCAGCGCACAGCUCCAAGCCAGGACGUCGCGCGCCCCUUCGCACGCCCUGCCCCUGAACUACAGCUUCUGCACAGUCGUCCCCGCCGCAAGGCACAAGGCGCCGCGGGCGUGGAUCGCGCACAGCUUCUAGGUCUCCUUGCCAGGACUGCAACCACUCCUUUGGCCCUGAUGGGCACCGUCAGCUCCAGGCGGCUGUGGUGGCCGCUGCCACUGCUGCUGCUGCUGCUCCUGGGCCCCGCAGGCGCCAGUGCGCAGGAGGACGACGACGGUGACUACGAGGAGCUGGUGCUAGCCUUGCGCUCCGAGGAGGACGGCCUGGCCGAUGCGCUCCAGCACGGAGCCACCGCCACCUUCCACCGCUGCGCCAAGGACCCCUGGAGGCUGCCCGGCACCUAUGUGGUGGUGCUGAAGGAAGAGACCCACCGCUCGCAGACAGAGCGCACCGCCCGCCGCCUGCAGGCCCAAGCUGCCCGCCGGGGAUACCUCAUCAAGCUCCUGCAUGUCUUCCACGACCUUCUUCCUGGCUUCCUGGUGAAGAUGAGCCGCGACCUGCUGGAGCUGGCCCUGAGGUUGCCCCAUGUCUACUACAUCGAGGAGGACUCUUCUGUCUUUGCCCAGAGCAUCCCAUGGAACCUGGAGCGGAUUACCCCUGCGCGGUACCGGGCAGAUGAAUACCAGCCUCCCAAUGGAGGCAGCCUGGUAGAGGUGUACCUCCUAGACACCAGCAUACAGAGCGGCCACCGGGAAAUUGAGGGCAGGGUCAUGGUCACUGACUUUGGGAGUGUGCCCGAGGAGGACGGGACCCGCUUCCACAGACAGGCCAGCAAGUGUGACAGCCACGGCACCCACCUGGCAGGGGUGGUCAGCGGCAGGGACGCUGGUGUGGCCAAGGGCGCCAGCCUACGCAGCCUACGCGUGCUCAACUGCCAAGGGAAGGGCACAGUCAGCAGCACCCUCAUAGGCCUGGAGUUUAUCUGGAAAAGCCAGCUGGUCCAGCCCGUGGGGCCGCUGGUGGUGCUGCUGCCCCUGGCGGGUGGGUACAGCCGGGUCCUCAACGCCGCCUGCCAGCGCGUGGCGAGGGCUGGGGUUGUGCUGGUCGCCGCUGCCGGCAACUUCCGGGAUGAUGCCUGCCUCUACUCCCCAGCCUCGGCUCCGGAGGUCAUCACAGUUGGGGCCACCAAUGCCCAGGACCAGCCAGUGACCCUGGGGACUUUGGGGACCAACUUUGGCCGCUGUGUGGACCUCUUUGCCCCAGGGGAGGACAUCAUUGGUGCCUCCAGCGACUGUAGCACCUGCUUUGUGUCUCGGAGUGGGACAUCACAGGCCGCUGCCCAUGUGGCUGGCAUUGCAGCUAUGAUGCUGUCUGCUGAGCCGGAGCUCACCCUGGCCGAGUUGAGGCAGAGACUGAUCCACUUCUCUGCCAAAGACGUCAUCAAUGAGGACUGGUUCCCUGAGGACCAGCGGGUACUGACCCCCAACCUGGUGGCCGCCCUGCCCCCCAGCACCCAUGGGGCAGGUUGGCAGCUGUUUUGCAGGACUGUGUGGUCAGUGCACUCAGGGCCUACACGGAUGGCCACAGCCAUAGCCCGGUGUGCCCCAGAUGAGGAGCUGCUGAGCUGCUCCAGUUUCUCCAGGAGUGGGAAGCGGCGGGGCGAGCGCAUCGAGGCCCAAGGGGGCAGGCGGGUCUGCCUGGCCCACAACGCUUUUGGGGGCGAGGGUGUCUACGCCAUUGCCAGGUGCUGCCUGCUACCCCAGGCCAACUGCAGCAUCCACACAGCUCCACCAGCUGGGGCCGGCAUGGGGACCCAUGCCCACUGCCACCAGCAGGGCCACGUCCUCACAGGCUGCAGCUCCCACUGGGAGGUAGAGGACCUUGGCACCCACAAGCCGCCUGUGCUGAGGCCAGGAGGUCAGCCCGACCAGUGCAUGGGCCACAGGGGGGCCAGCACCCAUGCUUCCUGCUGCCAUGCCCCAGGUCUGGAAUGCAAAGUCAAGGAGCAUGGGCUCCCAGCCCCUCAGGAGCAGGUCACUGUGGCCUGCGAGGAGGGCUGGACCCUGACCGGCUGCAGUGCCCUCCCUGGGACCUCUCAUGUCCUGGGGGCCUAUGCCGUAGACGACACAUGUGUGGUCAGGAGCCGGGACGUCAGCACCACAGGCAGCACCAGUGAAGAGGCCGUGGCAGCCGUUGCCAUCUGCUGCCGGAGCCGGCACCUGGCGCAGGCCUCCCAGGAGCUCCAGUGACAGCCCCACCUCAGUACGGGUGCCUGGGGAGGGUCAGGGGCUGAGAUUUCAAAUGGUUCCGACUUGCCCCUACCUCAGCCUUCCAUGGCCUGGCCCGAGGGGGCGGGGAUACUUACACCUUCCUGGAGCUGCUGGCCUGGCCCUUGUGUGGGGCAGGCCCCUUGCCUGGAACUCACUCAUUCUGGAUGCCCCCUCCUCUGGUGGAGGUGCCAGGAAGCUUCUUCCCUCGCUGUGGAGCAUUUCACCAUUGAAACGGUGGAGCUGUGCUCAGGUUCUGCUAGCUGCUCCCAACAUGCCGACGCCUGUGGGCAGAAUGACUUUUAUUGAACUCUUGUUCCGUGCCAGGCAUUCAAUCCUCCAGUCUCCACCAAGAAGGCAGGAUUCUUCCCAUGGGAAGGGGAGGAGGUGGUAGGGGCUGCAGGGACAAGCAUUGUUGGGAGGUGAGUGCUCACUGUGGGGAAGCCCCUUAGGGCUCCCUGAUUAAUGGAGGCUCAGCUUUCUGGAUGGCAUCUACCCAGAGGCUGGCGACUGACGUGUCCCUGGUGGUCAUGGACUGUGCCUUGGUUUCCUGAGCCACCCUUACUCUGUUCUGUGCCAGCUUGUGCUAAUACCCAAGGGGUGGCCUGCAGGGAGCCAUCACCUCGACUGACUCCGCAGUGUGUAGUGGUGCACGUGCCGUCUCAGCCAACCCGCUCCACUACCCGGCAGAGUACACAUUUGCACCCCCACUUUAGAGAGGAAGAAACCUGGAACCAGAGGGGGCAUGCCUGCCAAGCACACAGCCAGGAAGUGAGCUGGAAAACCCAGACUGCGCUGGCUCUGAAGCCAAGCCUCUUCUUACUUUACCUGGCUGGGCACCUCAUUUUUACAGGUAACAGUGAGGCUGGGAAGGGGAACGCACACCAGGAAGCUCGGCGAGUGAUGCCUGCAGGCACGGCACUUUUCCCGUUAUCACCUCGACCUGAUUCACUGUGGCCUGGUGGAGAAGCUUCUGAGGGAUGGGGCGGGCGGAGAGGGACAAUGGUCCCUCCUUGAGCACCAGCCCCCCCAGGCAGGCAGACAUUCAUCUUUUGGGCCUGUCCUCUCUGUUGCCAUUUUACAGCCAGCUUUUCUAGACCUGUUUUGCUUUUGUAACUUGAAGAUAUUUAUUCUGGGUUUUGUAGCAUUUUUAUUACUAUGGUGACUUUUUAAAAUAAAAAACCAACUUUGUCCUGA